AGCAUGCAGUUCGUUGGUCGCGUUAAAGUGUCUCCAUGGCAACGGGUGGGCCAAUGGGCGUGCGGCAGAUUGUUUACAAGGGGGCGUGGCCGCGGUUGCCACGGUUACGUGUUCAGGUAUUAAAGUGUCGCUGCGGGCUGCGCGUCGUCUUCGUUCACUUGCGUGGCUCUUUGGUCACGCACGCACACGCACGUACGGGCAAGCGGGUGCGCGCGCAUUUCACACGGAGGAGAGACGCUUCACUGCAGUCACGAGGUGAGGAAGGUGAAGAAGAGGAGGAGAUCGUCACGGCGAUGAUGAGCAUGGAUCCGGGCCACCUGGGGGGUUCCGAGGAGUGCGAGGCUCUGGAGGAGGUUCUGGUGGUGGCGGCUGCCCAGGCGGAGGCCCAGGCGGAGGCCCAGGCGGCGGCGGCGGCGGGGGGAUCCUGGGGCGGCGGCGCCACUUUGGACGACAGCCUGACCAGCCUGCAGUGGCUGCAGGACUUCUCCAUCCUGGGGGGCGGCGCGCCGCCGCUCGCGCCCGGCGUACCCACGGCGGCCGCCUACAGCCGCCUGCGGCCGCUGCCCGCCAUCGUGGCGCGCGGGCACUGCCCCGACGAGGUGGACUACAAGACGGAUGCGGGCGUCAAGCCGCCGUACUCGUACGCGCACCUCAUCUGCAUGGCCAUGAAGCACAGCAAGACCAGCAAGAUGACCCUGGCCGGCAUCUACAAGUGGAUCACAGACAACUUCUGCUACUUCAGACAUGCAGAGCCCACCUGGCAGAACUCGAUCCGCCACAACUUGUCCCUCAACAAGUGCUUCAUCAAAGUUCCUCGUCAGAAGGAUGAGCCGGGAAAGGGCGGGUUCUGGAAGAUCGAGCCGCUGUACGCCGAGCGCCUCCUGAGCGGCGCCUACAAGAAGCGCCGCAUGCCGCCCGUCAGGAUCAACCCGGCGCUGCAGAGCCGGCUGGGGCUCGCCGUGCGGUCGCCCACCGCCGCCAGCCCCGCGGGCGCCCUGUGCGUGGACCCCCAGUCCCAGCGGCUCCUGCGGGAGUUCGAGGAGGCCACAGAGCAGAGCUGGGACACCCGCCCGGCCGAGGGCACCAUGCUGGGGUCCUGGCCCGUCCCUCGGGGCGGCGCCAAGAGGAAGUCGGGCUGCAGGAGCGGCGGAGGCAAGACCCCCCGCCGCUCCAGCUCCCCCCUGCUCUCCUUGGACGAGCAGAAGGAGAGCGGCCCCCUCAAGGGCGACUUCGAUUGGGACGCCCUGCUGGACUCGGCGCUCAGUGGCGAGCUCAGCCUGGAUGCCGGCGACGCCCUAGGCCCUGACAUCAAGGAAGAGGAGCUGAUCGUGGCGGGCGGCGCCCCCGUGGGGUCCCCGGCUGACGCGCUGGCCGAGUCCCAAAAGUCCUUUCUGGGCUCCGCCUUCCUGGAAAGCCCCUGGCCGGAGGAAGAGGCGGAGUCGGAGCGUGGUGACUUCAUGUGUGGCGCAGGCGUCAACCUGGAGCAACUGUUUGACCUUGCCGAGGCCCCGGCGGACCCGCUGCUCUGAGGUCGCCCGGACCCUACGCCCCAAGCUUUUGAUACUCACGUGACUUCCUGUUUACAUCGCAUGAUUGAAAGCCACCCAGAUUUCGCAUUUCUUCCGUCCAUUUUCUAUAUUCCCUUUUCUUGAGUUAUGCUGGGAUCAGACCACAGGAUUUGAGCCCCGUUAUUGGCCUGAUUUGAUUUUUCAGGUUGGGCCCAACAUUUUUUGUAGUGUGACAUUAUCCACGACCAACGAUUUGGCCCUAUGAGCGCUCCACCACGUCAAAAUGAAAAGUCUAGCAUGUUUGAUUUUUUUGGAUAUCUUCUGUGUCGUUUGCCAUAUGAACAAGAAACCUCCGACAUAGUGCCUUGACAUCGACCAUUAGGAAUGCAUCUUGUAACGGCGCAUGGCCUCCCUUUCUUGCCGUUGUCAAACUUUAGCGCGUGAAUCGACAGAACGCCGGCUUAAUGUUUACGUACAAACGUUAGUGCUAGCACUAGCUGGCUACAUAAUGUUAUGUUGUCUGUUGCUAGCUGAACUAAAAGUGCGUGAACAUGAUCUCAUGCUCUCCUUGACGAACGGACAGCCCAACCCUCAUCUCCGGACCACAACACACAAAGUUUUUGUCUUAUUUUUGUUCUUUUUUCCCCCCAAUACAAAACAUUGACGCAAUUCAAACUAGUGUUGUUGUUGCCGCCAUGGUAACGGUUGUAUCUGGUAGCGGUGACACAUUUUCUGGUCCUGCCUCCCCCGACGGUGUUUGAUUUGACAAGAUUGUCCCAAUUAUCGUAAAAGACGGCAAACGGUGAUAUAUGUCGUGCAUUGUUACCAGUGUUCUGACGGAGACACGACACGGUUUGAUCACAGUAGUCUGACAUUGUAGCACCGCGAGAGACCACAUUUGUCUUGUAGUCUCAUCCAGGCAUCAGUGAGCGGGAGGCUAAAUCCAUCCAUCCAUCCAUCCAAGCAACAAUAAAUAAAUGGAUUGUUGGACGCAUAGAUGAAUGGAUCCAAAAAUGCAUCCGUCCGUUCUUCCUUCCAGUUCAGGGUCCGAUCCCAGCAGAGCCUGGUCACACCCCGGACUGGUCGCCCGCCAAUCGCAGGACACAUAUAGACAAACAAGUUUCUCAUCUUCCAUGAAGCUAACAUGCUAACAAAGGAGCGGAGCCUGAACCUCACAAGUGUGAGGCCGACGUGCUAACCGCUUGUCUGCCGUGACUGACAUCGAUUGACAAGUCAUCCAAAUUCUUUCUGUUGAUGCCACUCGCCACCGUUGUCGCGUGCUCAAGUUGAACUUCAAAGGAUGUAAAAAAACACCAAAGGUCCUGCUUUGGCCCCGCCUCCUCAGUCCACAGGCUCUACUUCCUGUCGCAACAUCACGUUGUCGUUGGUUAGCGUUUGCCAAAUGAUGCGUUUGUCAACUUUGUGGAGUUUUUCAAGACAACAUCAAAAUGAUGACGUUUGCUCACGUGACCUGCGAACACACAUGACGAAGGUUUGCAGAAAGGGCAGGGAGUCACAUGACUGUGACAUCGUUAUGACAU